CUUACAGUAGCACACUCAGCUGAUCAGCUCGGGAUCUACCAGCCAACGUCUGCCAGAACCAAAAAUCGAGGCACUUGCACGUGCUUUUGUGACAACCCGUUUAGCAGACGACAUAUCUCACAACAAAUCUUUUCUGAACUUUUCUAGAUUUUCCUCUGAGAAGCUUAGUUUACUGCAAUAUCCACUUGCGAAGGUUUGGAUAGACGACGUUUUCCGCAGAUUUGGAAGUAUUCUGCACUAUUUGAAGUUGGACACUUGACUUUGAAUUGUGUCAAUAUGGGGGAUUUAAGCGGCUUUGUAGGAAAAUGGCAGGAGAAGGAAAAGAGAGGAUUUGACGACAUGGCAAAAAAGCUAGGUCUGAACGAGGUCAGAACAGAAAUGUAUAAGAAAACGGAAACGGUGAUCGAAUACAAACAAAAUGGCGACAAGUGGGUGAUGGAAGUUGGUAUUUUAGCGGGUCCUCCUCCGACGUCGUACACGUUUAAACUUGGUGAACCGUACGACUCUAAGGAUAUUGACGAAUCCCCCAUGAAGAGUUUGGUAAAGUCUAACGGGAAUACAUUUGAAGAAGAACAUACGUUUGAAGACGGGCCCAUGAAGAACAACAAGAUGGACAUCAAACGAGAGAUAGAAAACGAACAAAUGAAAGUGACAACGACGCUUGGCGAUUGCUCCUUCGAAACUACAUACGCGAAGGUAAAGUAAUGUACGGGCCAAUCAGACUAUUCCUCGAUUGAAUGAUAUAGCUAAACACGUCACCAAAACUAUCUAUGUGCGUACUGCGUCAGCAUUACGCGUGUACUGCUGAGAAUUGUACAUGUUGUGCCUUCGUGACAGACAUAAUUGAUUCUUAUACGUACACGGAACGCCAUGUUGUUUGCCUUGAGGCUACAGUAAAAAAAUGUACUGUUUUGUGAACUGCUCAAAGUGACAAUGCCCGACAGAUUUAAAGAAACUAUGGUGGUAAAACGAGCUUGGAUUCUACGCUUUAUUCAUCUAGCUUACUUUUUUCUCUUGAAUUCACGCAGCAAUGCAAUCCAUAUAUAUGUGAAAUAGAAAUCUAUUUAUAUAUUUCAAUAUAGAAUGUUUGUUUCGCCGAUUAAUUUCUCUAACAAGAAUAUAUGUUUUCACAGUUUAUGUGAGAGUCUUCUUUUGAAGUAUCAUACAGGUGGUAUGCUGCUUCUGGAGUAUUAGUGAUAACCAAUAAUGAUUGAUGGAAUUUCUUAACAUGGGUAUUGAUAGACCUAUAGGAUUUGCUGUGAUUUUGACAACAAUUCGGCGGAAUUAGCUAGGGAGCUUAUCGAUAAACAACAUGCUGGUUUUCCGUAACGACUAUAGGUUUUUAACACGAUGCACCAUUGAUCGCAGCAUGUUCAUAAAUUAAUAUUGCAUAACCAAAUUCUAUAACGUCAUGAAACAGCAAUAAGGCAUUUCUGAUCGGCUAGGUUUAUAAUGAUAGGGAAUUUUUGCAAAUGAAAUUGAUAGAAAGUACUCAAGUAAAAGGUUUGUGAGUACAUUUCUGUUAACGGAAUGCAACAAUUACUUCGCAACGUUUUAAACCGAUACAAUUUAUAUCUGCUACAACAGAUCUUACAUGCGCACCCUAUCUAUUUGCAUUAUAAAAAUUAAAAUAUCAGAGGUAAGAGAGGGCUAUGAUUAUCUAUUAUAGCUAGAUAGGCGUACAAAGUUCUGCCCACUUGAGGUAGGCGUGACCUCCAGAGCAGGGGGGAGGGGGGAUGGACCUGACCGUAACACGUGCCACGAAUCUCUAUAACUGUGUAGUGUUAUGGGCUUUCAGUGUAUUUAAUAAAACUUAUAUAUAUAUCUA